AUGGAGGCUCCUACGCUGGUGAAGAACAAGGACCCCUUCAACGCCAUCCCUCGCGAAUGUAGCAAAUUGGUGUUGGAUUGUCUAGCCCUCUCUGACAUCGGUCGAUCCGCAAUGGUCUCUAAAUCGUGGAACCAAAUCGUAACGUCGUGGAUAUCCUCUUACGGUAUCGCAGCCCACUUUCCCUGUGCUGAGAACCCACGGAUGAGGGGGGUUUGUGACGCUAUAGUCCUCCACGAAUUCGAGCGCUUGGCUCGUCAAGAUCGCGCCCUGCGGAACGGUGAAGCUACAUCAGCUCGGAGGUUUCCCAAUGCUACCCUAUUCGUCACGGCUGGAGACUUUGCGGCGUGGGCGUCGGACCAAGGCACGGUGAUCUACUACCAACGUCUACAAGAAGGGGCCGAGACGAUGACUUUGGAUCUGACUAGCCUCGGAGAGAGCUAUCAACAAACUACGGUCAGGGGUAUGCUUCUGAAUUCGGAUGGAUUUCUCCUGGUGAAGAUCAGCCUGCGGCUCGCCCCCUUCUUCCCAUACUAUGGCUUUCCAAUGUGGUACCGGAAUUUUGUGUACUCGCUGAGAGACCGGGCAAUUUUCUGGGAAAUGAAUACCGAGGUAUUGGACGAAUUUUUCCCCUGGGCCGAGUACACCCCUCUCUGCAUCGGGAAAGAUCGAGUAUACUUGUCCCAGCAAACUUUGAACAACAGUUACAAUCUCGUGGCUGAAGACUUCCGAAGUGGAACCCGUUUGCAUCGGACACCUAUCGUGGCUAGUAUCGAGGACGACGAUCAGGGUUCCAUGGCCCAAAGAACACUUGAACUGAUUAGACUCGGAAACGAUGAAUUGAUUAUUCAAUUCGACUCCAAACGGCUGCUAGGCAGGCCAAAAACAAUGGAAGUCAAUAGUUUCGCCAUUAUCAACGGCGCCGACGGUCGAAUCCAAACAAUCGCCUGUUCCGGGUUUCGAAGAUGUGCUCGAGCAUUUGCUAAUACGAGCUCCAAUUCCAUUGCUUUGGUCGGGUCUUCGGUGAACUCUUCUGGUCAAAUGAUUGUUCAGAAAUUCUCACAACAGCCAGACAAAAUCUUCUUACGAACCGCCGUACAUGUGGUCUCUCUGACGCUGCCAACCAACAUCUUCAGACUCGCCAUGCAUCCGUUUACAUUUCAUGCCUUUUCUUUCCAGAAUGGUGAUUCAAGUCCCCGGGCAUUGAUUCUGACGGCUGAGAAAGAUCUCCAAACCUGCUCCGGGAUGGACACGCUCGUAGCACGAUGCGGGCCAGGAGUGGUGGUUGACGCAUACCGCUGCAUUGUGUCGAAUCAGCUGUUGACCUUACGCCCACAAGAGCCUGAUGGGCAUGACCGACGAACAUUCGAGUUGCGGGGGGAUUCAGAAUGGCGCGAUAUCUGGGCCUUUGACCUGCUGGAUGAUGAACAGCUCGUGUUAGGUCACUAUGGUCACAGUGGUUCCGGCUUCAGGGGUCGUCAGGAUACUGACCACUACCUGUUCUCUUUUACACCAAAAGCAUAUCGAAGCGAGGCCGAAGGUGAAUGA